GGAGGAGCAGAGAGGCGGCCCCAUCCCAGACCUGCGGGGUGUGACUCCUUGUGCCUGCACCGCGCUCCGCUGCCCGAGUGACAGGUCCCAGCUCUCGCCGGCUCUUCCAGCGGCAGCUCCUCCCUUCUGGCCAGAUGGACAGCACAGCUUGGACUUGGGCUCCGGCUCCGGGGGACCCGGCUCGGGGCAGAAAGCAGCCUGUUAUAGCCGGCACGCCGCCGCUGCGGCUCACACGUACGCGCUCCGCUGCCGAGCACACGCCGCUGCUGGGACCCGCACCCCCGCCCGCCGCUGCCCAUGGCACCGCUGCCCCCGCUGCUGCUGCUGCUGCUGCUGCUGCCGGUGGCCGUUUAUAAAGGCACUUUUGGGGAAGCCCAUUUGAGAAAUCGAAGAGGAAUUCUGGAAUUAGCCGGAGCCAUCAAAUGCACCACAGGGCGCUCUCCUUUUGCCUACCUCCGCUAUGGAUGCUAUUGUGGCCUGGGAGGAAAAGGAUGGCCCAAGGACAGAGUAGACUGGUGCUGCUUUCACCACGACUGCUGCUAUGGGAGGGCAGAACAAGCAGGUUGUCAACCAAAGACUGAAAGUUACCACUGGGAAUGCGAAGACAAUUCUGCUGUGUGUGACUCACUAGAAGAUAAAUGUCAAAAAAUGGCAUGUGAAUGUGAUCGUGAAGCUGCCAAAUGUUUUUCUAAAGCUCCCUACCAUAGAAAAUACCUUUUGUGGCCAGACUUUAUGUGUGGUGAGAUUCAGCCUUUGUGUAGGUAUUAGAUACAUGACUCUUGUAUAUAUUUAAAUCUACAAUGACUUUUUUUCGGCCACAGUAAUGACAACAAAUGAUUUUCCCCUUUCUUGAUACUCCCUCAUUCCACCUCAGCCUCUCCACCCCAAAACUGCCAAAGUAAACAUUUUUCAUCUUAUUUACCUUUUCCUAUGCACUUUUAUUGACUAAAAAGAAAUCUGAGUUUAUCAGCUUAAGGAGUAACUGACAGUGUUAAUUUUUGUUUAUAGUCAGAUUCACAGAUUUUUCAGAUUGAUAAUAUCAUUUGCUGUGAACUUUUCACCCCUCUCCACUGGCUAUAAGAUACAAAUCAAACUUCUCCACUAACAAAUCUUAGCAUUUGUUAACUUUGAACUGACUGGAAAAAGUGCAUGAAGUGACAGUAUCAGCACAAGGAGCCCUCUCAUCUACAUUAAACACUUAGUACAAAGCCUAAUUAAAGUGUUGAAUUUCAUUCCCCUACAGUAAUUUUACCUGCAUUGAAGAUGGCCUAUUAUACUAUUUUUUUUCCUAGCACUUUUUAAAUAGGGUUUUCUAAACAGCUGCUUAUUUGAUAUGGCUCAAACUCCUUACUCUAUGUACACCCUAAAUUUCCUGUAAGCACAGAGAGUACCCUUAGAACUUUAGAGGCAAAUUUAAAAACACAAAUGCAAACCAUCACAAAAACAAAAACAUGAAAAAAUGUAAAAGUUGUGGGGACCAACUGGCUUUCCCAGAAGUGUUUGAUCCUGAACAGCAAGAGUUUACGAAGCUCAGAAGUAUAUACAACUCAUCAGGAUGUAAAGCUGGUUUUAGCUAGAGUCACUUCAUAGAUACUUUUAACCUAACCCUUUGGUAAACCAGUUCCCUGAAUUGCUGAAUAAUACACUUUUUUGUAACUGCUGAUUUUAACAGUUAUAGAGCCAGGGGUGGUUUACAUCUACUUUCUCUCACCUAAACUUAAAGAUGCAGGGCUAAAGAGCAGUCAAAGCUUAUGAUAUAUACUUCAAUAUACAAAAAAAACCCAAAAAACCCCACAACAAACCCAAAAAACAAACACCCAAAAAACCACCAAAAAAAUCCCCCCAAAACCCCCCCCAAAAAAUAACCCAUUUCUAUUAGGAAUAGUGAAGAUUUCAAGAGAGAUCUUUAAUUGUGAAAAAUAUUUAUAGCAAAUUUAGUUCACAUUACUAACACAAAUGAAAUUAACAAAACAACAAAUACAGAAUGCAAGGGGACAAA